UCUUGAAGGUCAUGUUGCAUGUACAAGGAGGGCAUGUCCCCUCCCACUCCCACUUGUACCUCCACUGUUGUGUCCAAAUGGCACAGAGUACAGAGACUAUUUCUCUGGCUGCCCACCGACCUGUCAAGAAAGACCAUUGAAUUGCAGUCUUCUGUGUGCACGUGGCUGCUUUUGUCUACGUGGUCUUGUAGAACACAACAGUCAAUGCAUUGAGCCAAGCAAGUGUCCACGACGAGAGACACCCUGCAAUCAGUUGAGGAGCAGUCAGACAACUAUGUGUCAUGGAGUCAUCGGUUGCUUUGUCACUUCUUGUGAACCGAAUGGCUCAUUUAGUAGUCGACAGUGUGAUCCAGCAACCGGUCACUGCUGGUGUGUGGAUGAUUCUGGUAACAAAUUGAAAGGUACAGAAACGGCUCCAUAUCUUGUCUCAACGCUGAAUUGCACGAGUCUUCCCAGUGGAUGUGAGCUUGUCAAGGGAAAGAAGCACUUGAUCUAUAAAAAUGGAUGUCGCAGUGUGCGAAGAGUUUUUGUUCCCAAGUGCAUGGGACGGUGCACAGGUGAAGGUUCAAGAGCACAGUGUGGUGCUCCCAAUGGAUUGAAGCUGCGCAUAGUGCAAUUUCGGUGUAAGCUUGAAAACAAUGGUGGCAAAGAAUAUACGACCAUCUUGCCAAUUGAUGUGGCUGAAGAGUGCAGUUGCUCCGUGGUGUAAGAGUUGAUCAAAGGCUGAUAAUGAACAUUAACUUGCGGUAACGUUUGUCUUUCAAUUUCUUAUCUGUACUGUGUGUGACUGUAAGCUGUUUUGUGGUUUGAAUGGUAGAGAGAUUGACAGAUGUUUUUGACUUGAUUAAGGUUUCAUUUGAGAUUCAAUCAUAACACUUA